AUGGCUGGACGCGCUACUAAACAAAGUAGCGCCAUCCCAGCCUGGAGAAAAAGAAUUGAGGACCGUAUCGCAAAGGCAAGGGCCCUUAUCGGCAGACUGAUAAGCUUCAGGUCGGGUAAUAAUAGACCGAGGGUUGUGCGCACCGUUAGAAUGGCGUUUGCUGGGACAAAUAUCAGUUUUUCCCAGCCGGAUAUCACGCAAAAACUAACGGAGCACAUAGAUGACCUGAAGCAAAAGAUCGCUGCUUGGGAGAGGAGGAUUCGACGAUUUACCGAGAGGUCAAGGCCGUUCAACCAGAACCGUCUCUUCCAGAGUGAUCAGAAGGGGCUCUAUAAGUCAUUGGAGCGACCAGAGGUACGUGGAGCGGGCCCGGGACCGGAUCAGGCUAACACUGUCGCAUUUUGGCGUGGCCUGUGGUCAGAGCCCGUAAACCACAGCGAGGGCCCUUGGAUGGAAGUUGUGGCGAGCCAGAGUGCGAGCGUUACGCCUAUGGACCCAGUCACCAUAACGCCGGAAGACAUGGCUGAGGCGGUUCGUAGGGCCCCGAACUGGAAAAGUUCGAGGCUCGACGGACUGCAUUAUUACUGUCUGAAGAGGUUCGUAGUGGCGCCCGACAGUUUCAAGAGGCUCUCGAUCAGAAGUCACUCCCGAGCCUCUUCACUUCUGGGAUCACUCACUUGGUUUCUAUAG